AUGUGGACAGUAGCAUUUCAUCAGCCUCAAUCUCAGCCAAUGUGGUCUGGAUACAUGCAGAUGCUUCACAAGGACCUAUCACAUCCUGAAAAAAGCUCGGAUAUCUGUCUCCCUAUGAUAGACCUGACACCAUCACACCCAACCUGUGUCCGCUCAACGUUGGAGUAUGUUGCUGAACAUUCGGGCAGAUAUUGUGCUACACCAGUCAUAACCUUUGACCAGCAGCUUUGGUGGAUAGCAUACAUGGUUAUCGAGUCACAACCGACACAGAGUUCUCUUCACCAAAUUGUCCUCAUGUUAGGGGGUUUCCAUACUCAAAUGAGUUUCCUAGGAUCAAUUGGCAGUCUAAUGGCUGGAUCUGGAUUGAAAGAGGCCAUAGUUCAAGUUUACGCAGAGGGCAGUGCUGAACAAAUGCUGUCUGGAAAGGCAGUCACACGAGCUGUCAGGGCUCACCGUCUUGUGGAUGCUGCUCUGAACACAAUUGCAACAGCACAAAUGCUUCAUGUUCCUGUACCACAUGUCUUCAAGGACGAUGCUGACAAUGGCAAUCAGAUUGAAGAUUCUCUUGACCCUACUGAUGGAGAGGAUAUAGCAGUGAAUGAAGAACCCCAAGAUAUGCUGGAUGAGCAUGAUGUUGAACCUUUGCCAGAUGAGACUUACCAGAAUGGUGCAGACAUUCUUACGGCAAUACACAAUGUCAGCAAACAAGUUUCAGAUGGCAAUCUACCCCUUGAUGAAGCUGUAGGAACUACUCCUUUCACAAAGCUACAAGAAGCUUCCACAAGAUGGCGUGAAUCUCUCAAUGAUCAUCGUACAGCCAAGCUAUGGAUCAUGUAUAUGACAUUAGUCGCUAUCCUUCGUGCAUUUAUCAGGGCUGGUCGUACUGGAAAUUGGAAGCUGUAUCUUCAGACACUACAUGAGAUGUUACCAUACCUUGCCGCAUCAGGACAUCAUAACUACACAAAGUCUCUUGUCCUGUACUUGAACAAGAUGCAGAAUCUUGAGGAAAGUCAUCCCUCAUGUAUACCACAUGUUUGUUGA